AUGGCAUUCUGUGCCCUCAUUCACCAUUUUAGACCAGAUUUAAUUGAUUUUGCUUCACUGUCCCCUCAUGACAUAAAAAUCAACAGCAAAACGGCAUUUGAUGCUGCUGCUAAACUUGGGAUUCCUCGAUUAAUUGAACCUUCUGAUAUGGUACUGUUAGCUGUUCCUGACAAACUGUCUGUGAUGACCUACCUGCAUCAAUUAAGGGCAUACUUUUGUGGCCAGAUGCUUGAAAUACAGCAAGUAGGACCCAGUGCAAGUGAGAGUACAUAUACUCUUGGGGAACAAAAUGAGGAGGAAGAUAGAAUAAUUUCUGAAGAAAUGUAUGGCAAGAAAAUUGAGAAAGUGGUGUCUGAAAGUACUCCAGUACAAGAUGUAGAUCCUGAAGAUGAAGAAAAAAAUGGUGAAGAAAGUUCUCAUUCCAGGUCUCCAAGUGUCAAAGAAACUAGGCAGAUAUUUGAGAAUUUAUCAUUAAAUGCAUCACCCCAAAGUCCUACCUCUCCAACUGAUCUGCUCCCUAGUAGAAGUAGGAGCAGGAGUAGGAGCAGAACACCAGAAAAGUCUCCAGAACAAACCCCUGUUGAUCAGCGUGAAGAAUUUAAUACAAAGAUCUUGAAUCAUAUUGCAAAUUUUGAGAAAUUAAAUACUACUGGUGCAACUUCACCUAGACGUUCUAAGAAACAAAAGCCAGCUCCACCACCUCCAGUAAUGGCAAAAGUAGCUACUACUCAACAGGAACCUGAACUUCCAAAGGCUUCAAUGAAAACAUCAUUGUCAAAAUCACCUUCCCCAGUCACAUCACCCAAAAAGGUUCCUGAGAAACCAACACACAAUAAAGGAAGAGCUCCUGAAAGGCCUGUGAUAAUGACCAGGAAGCAGUUAAUGAACCCAUUUGAUUCUGAUGAUGAUGAAGAGGAGCAAGAACCAUCAUAUCCAUCAGCUCCAAAAUUGUCCUCACCAAGUGAAGAGACUGUGAACAAGGAAGAAAAUGCAGAAGAGGUGAUAGCCAACAAAGUUCCUCCAGAACCAAGGAGAAGAAUUUCUCUUCAGAAAUGUUCAUCACCUGUUGAAUCUAAUGCAAACUCCAUUACACUAACAGAGAUACAAAAUAAAGAAUUGUCUUCAGUUAAAGAAUUGUCAGAUAAAGCAGAUGAUAAUAUAUCAAAUCAACAAAAGGCAAGAAAAUCCCGCCAUGAUGAAUUGAAAGAAAGAGCUAGAAUUUUGUUAGAACAGGCAAGAAGGGAGGCAACCCUUAAGGCAGCUAAAGAAAAAGAAUCUAAAAAUUCUACUUCAGGAAUCAGUCAACAUCAGGAUACUGAGAAACAAAUACGUUUACGUAAAAGAGCACAACAACUCAUUGCAGAAGCUCGUGCUGGUCUAGAGAAAUCGGAUCUCUCUAUUUAUUCUGAUUCAAACUCUGAAAAUAGUUCCCCUGCCAAAAUAGCUCCAUUACAGUUUCGAAAGCUUAUUUUACCAAAACCCAGUACCUUCCCAGCAUCUGGUAGCUCCAGUUCAUCUCCACAAGCAAGUCCGAACCAUGAAGAAAAUAAAAAGGUAAAGAUAGUUGUACCUUUUUCUUCUUUCUUCAUUUUCCUUUUUUUUCUCUUUUCUCCCUUUUUUCUCUUUUCUCCCUUUUUUCUCUUUUCUCCCUUUUUUCUUUUUUGA